UGUCACCAGACCGUGCCGCAUGGCCGUCGUGACGUCACCCACGGUCUGCGUUACAAGAGCCGUGCCACGUAUUUUUGCCGUUUGAGCGAUCUCGCCGAGGCCGCCGAGAUCGACAAUUGGUUUAAUGUCUUUCACCUGCUUGUCCCGAGUGACCUAAGAAGCUCGCAGCAGGCAUGGGGUCAUCCCAAAGCGUGGAGAUACCGGGAGGCGGUACGGAAGGUUACCACGUAUUGAGGGUUCAGGAAGGUUCUCCCGGGCAGCAAGCAGGACUCGAGGCAUUUUUCGAUUUUAUAGUAGCAAUUGGGAAUACUCGCCUGGACCAAGAUAACGACACUCUGAAGGAGCUCCUGAAGGUUGGUGUAAAUAAGGAACUAACAAUCACAGUGUACAGUAGUAAAACACAGUCCGUAAGACGGACAAAAAUCGUCCCGAGUAUGACAUGGGGUGGACAGGGUUUAUUGGGUGUCAGUAUACGUUUCUGUUCGUUCGAGGGCGCCAACGAGAACGUUUGGCAUGUGCUCGAAGUACAUCCGUCGUCACCCGCCGAGUUGGCCGGUCUACGGCCGUUCACCGAUUACAUUAUCGGCGCGGACUCCGUUCUCCACGAAAGCGAAGAUUUAUUUACCUUAAUAGAGGCGCACGAAUCGCGUCCCCUCAAGCUAUAUGUAUAUAAUACCAAGGAUGACUCCUGCAGAGAGGUGACCAUCACGCCCAAUAACACCUGGGGCGGGGAAGGAAGCUUAGGGUGCGGAAUCGGAUAUGGAUAUCUACACAGAAUACCUGUCAGGAGCGUGCCGGAACAGAAACCUACCAAUUCAUAUGUGGUAAAAGAUUGCAUUGUGUAACAUUGUGCUGAAUAG